UCUGGCAACAUGGAGGUGUCUUUUGUCCUCUGCCUUCUCGCAGCAUCCAUUACUCUGGGACUGUCUCGAGAAUGUACCUUUUGUCAGUCCAGUGGAAGGAACUGCCAAGGCACCAAGCAGAUCUGCUCUGCUGCUCAAGACAAAUGUGGCAUAAUUCUGUUGGAGAGGUCUUUCGGACCAACCAAACAGGCGACCAUGAAGAGCUGUAUCCAUUCAGAGGAGUGUAACAAGGGCCUGGCUGUUCUAGAUAUGGGCAAGAACCAGAAUAUCUUGGGUCAAGUUUCCUGCUGCGAGGGCGAUCAAUGCACCAAUCCUGCAAGAUUGCCCCCCAGAAAAACUGUAACCACCAAUACGAAAAGAUGCCCAGCUUGCUAUACGGAGCCAAAAGAACAGAGUGGAUGCGAGGAGAAAAUGAUUGACUGUAUUGGACAGGACGAGAUAUAUUGUGCAGAGCUCUUUCUUCAAACGAAAGAAGGAGGAAAAAAUAUGACCAUCACCAUGAAGGGAUGUGCCAAUGAGGCUUUCUGUGAGAAGAAGGAGAUUUCAGCCAUUGAUAGCACAUUUACUUUACUCCCCAACAGCAUUUGUAGGAAUGCUACUGGGGCAGUUGACACCAUGGCUGGAUCAUUUGGACUCUUCCUCUCAGCUCAGGCUGGCCUCUUGUUGGUGACCAUCUUUUCUUGAUAUGUCCCCAGCAUUAAAACUCAGAUCUUGCUUGUGAAUCCUCCCCCUUUCCAUUGGUUAUGCCUCUUUGGCUUCAUGCAGACCAUCAGCUUUUUGGAAAAUGCAGCGCUUUCUUUGUGCCUUGAGGAUUGAUUCUUUUUUGUGUGUUUCACCAUACUCUCUGCUGGUAUGCAGAAAAUAUAGGCCCGACAUCAGCCCCUAUUUUUUUUUCAAGAGGGUCGAUUGCCAGCUGCUAAAGGCUCUUCCCAGCACUGCUCCUCCUCUUCUUAGCUCUGUUACAAUUGACCGGCCCACCCUGAACAUGUGAGCUGUGAAAGUUGCACGGAAAGCAGCAGGACCUGUUUGCUUUGCCCUCCCAUCCAGCAGAGAUGAAAAUGGACACCAAGGAAGUCAAAGAAAUGAGAAGGAGCAAGAAGAAUGAAAAAAGAGGUGGUCUGCUCAGAAGAUGGGCCUUCUGAGGGCCUAUUGCCAAAAGUUGCCCCGAAUCCCCACCCAGCAUUGAUGGGGGUUCUCAUGGUUGAGAACAGAGUGGAGGGGUGCUACUGGUUACUGGACACUGAAGAGAGUUUGCUGUGGCAGCAUGGAGUUAAGGCUGCAGCAUCAUGGCCACACUUCAUGGAAACCAUUGACUGGCAUCCAUGGUGUGAGGUAAAGAAGUCAAGAUGGUGGUCAUGGUAAAGUGAGUGUACAUGUACAAAGGAUCAGGGCUUUGAUCAUGCUACUAUAAUCUUCUCCCUGUGGACACUGGUGUCAUGUUCAUGGUGUUGGCUGAGUUAGACCAGAGUAGGCAACCCAUGGGCUAAGGUCUACAGGUGACUCAAACCCCAUUUGUAUAUGUUUCUUAUGUCCUAUCAUGUAUAAACCAUCCUAAACUGACCACCUCUAGACAGUGUGCAAGAACAAACCCCUAAAAUGGAAUAUAUCUACCAAUUAAUAUAAUAAUCAAGCCAAACACAACAGAGACAAUGAAGCUGUCCAUCAGAGAGGGAUGGCCCCCAAACAUCCUAAGCGCUGUAGGCCUAAUGAAACAGGUUGGUUUUAAGGGCCUUCCUGAAUGAGAAGAGA